AUGCAAUUACGUAUUCUUACACUUAAUAUUUGGGGUGUUCAUUAUGUUUCGAAAUUUAUUAAUCAACGUAUUCAAGCAUUAAUUGAACAUUUAUUAAAUCCUGAUACUAAUUAUGACAUUAUUGGAUUACAAGAAGUUUGGAGUAAAGUAGAUUAUAUUUAUUUGCGUGAUCAAUUAAAAACUAUAUAUCCAUAUAGUUAUUAUUUUUUAAGUGGUCUUGUUGGUUCAGGAUGUUGUAUUUUUUCAAAAUAUCCAAUUAUUGGUGUUUAUGAACAUCGUUAUACAUUAAAUGGUUUUCCACAUAAAAUUCAACAUGGUGAUUGGUUUUGUGGUAAAUUAAUUGGUCUAUGUAAAAUCCUUGUUAAUGGAUAUGUUAUUAAUGUAUACAAUACACAUUUACAUGCUAAUUAUCAUCAUGUUAUACCAAAAGAUAUUUAUUUAGGACAUCGAAUAUGUCAAGCAUAUGAAUUAAUACAAUUUAUUGAAAGUACAUCAUCAGCUGAUACAACUCAUUUAACAAUUCUUUUAGGUGAUCUUAAUUUAACAAAUGAUGAUUUAGGUUUUAAACUUAUUAAAGGUAUUCUUCAAUUAAAUGAUUCAUUUCUUCAACGUAUUAAUAAAGAUAUUUUUGAUCCAACUGUUGGUAAUAGUGGUUUAACAUGUGAUUUACUUGAUAAUCCAUAUGUUAUUCCACAUCCAUAUCAAGGUGAAGGUGAACGUAUUGAUUAUAUUCUUUAUCAAGCACAAAAUGGUUAG